GGGGGGCGGGGGGGGGGGGCGAACGCGUCGGAAGCCAGAGAGCACCGUGUCCCUGCGCUCCGUCGGUCAGCGGGCGCGGGCCCGCAGGAUGGAGCCGCAGCACGUGCGCCCCGUGCUUGGAUCCCAGAGUCCAGCCUGGGAGGAACCGAAAAUCUUCAGUACUCGUCUCGCAACAUGAACGUUUAAAGCUAAAACCUUCACAGAGAUGUGAGAUGGAGCAGGAGCAGUGGCUAAAUGUUGAACUCUUCAAAACUUGGCGUAUGGGCUGCUGGUGUACCACCAUCAUCCCCAACACUCCUGUUCAGAAGAUGGGUGAGGAAAGUGGAAAGUCUACCCAGUCAGCCGAUGACCAGUGGGAAAAAUGAGCUACAAGAUCACCUGAUCUUCAUCAGUGAGAAAGCUUUGCACAAGAGGCUAUUUCAGAAAGAGAAUGGCGAUGAAGGAGAGACCAGACCAACAGAGAAGGAAGAGGGAAUCCUUUCUCAUGAAAAAGGAAGAAGGAAAUGGUUAUGGAGAAGGCACAGGUCUGCUAGAAAUACUUCAACCCAAAAUUCCAAAAUGACUAAGAAGAGAUCAAAAAUAAAUGAACUAGAAGAACUGAAAUUGGAUAUGAGGAAGAUCAGCAAUGACAUGGAGGAAAUGUGUGGAAUCCUGAACCUUUACAUGUAUGAGGAUUUGAACUACAGGAUGAACACUGAAUUCAACAUCAUUAAAUCACAACAUGAGAAGACAAUGUUGGAUAUGAAUAAAAUGAUCCAGUCCAUAAUUGGUUCCAUGCAGUACUCCAAGGAACUGAUAGAAGAUAACUAUUCCUACAGCAUUAAGGAGGACCACCUCCUCCGUGAGUGCACUCAACUCCACGAAAACGUAAGGAUAUUACUGAAUGAGAACGAAGGCUGCUGGUGGAGCAGGCUGGCCACAAGUGUCCUGUGGGGAAGAAAAGAGGUUCUCUGA